CGAGACUACGCCACGUCCGGACGGUAGUCGUGGAGCCGGUGAUCUGGCCGCGGGGCUGAGCAGUGUACCAUGGCGGACUGGACUCGGGCUCAGAGUCCUGGUGCUGUGGAGGAGAUUCUAGACCAAGAGAACAAGCGGAUGGCUGACAGCCUGGCCUCCAAGGUCACCAGGCUCAAAUCGCUGGCCCUGGACAUCGAUAGGGAUGCGGAGGACCAGAACCAGUACCUGGAUGGCAUGGACUCAGAUUUCACAAGCAUGACCAGCCUGCUUACGGGGAGUGUGAAGCGCUUUUCCACAAUGGCAAGGUCCGGGCGAGACAACCGGAAGCUUCUGUGUGCCUCUGCAGACGGCCUGUCUCACCCAUCUCUCUCUGGGCCCUCAAGUCCACUUGGCCAGCUCCAUGUUCACAGAACCAAACGUUUUCCCACCCCACAGUGCGAUCUCAACACCUUUGUCUCUGUGUAAAGACACCCUUAAGGAAUGAGCCCUGCGGCUCUGAUCUUCUGCCUUCCAGUUGCUCCCUAGGGACUGUUGGCUCACUGUCCACCCACCCACGUGGCCAUACCAUGUGUCCUGUCCAUCCACAACUGCUUCCUCUGAACCCCAUGGAUCACCCACAGCCGGGCGCUGGCUCUGCCUUGCUCUGGCCUUCAGCCUUGGGCACCCUCGCCUUCCCAUCCCCUUCCUCCACCUCCACCCAGCAGGCCAUCUUCCUCUGCUCACACCUGCCACAACCUCCUUUUCUUGUUGCCUGGCCCUUCCAUUGCACCUGGCUGGGCCCCUAAGUGUGCUGGAGGUGGGGAUGCCUUCUUGCUUCCGAGCUCCCUGUCCUAACCUUUUCCCAUCCAGCACAGGCUCAGCUCUCAUCUGGCCGGGCCGGCUUGACUGCCUUGUGUCUCUGGGGCUUUCUUUGCUGUUUUCCUGAAACCCUCCCGUCUGGGCUGGCCUCCCCUUCACAGGGCCAUCCUCAUUUCCCAGUGUCCUUGUGCGCCAUGGCUGGGGCUUGUCUCUUGGUCACCAAGUGCCACAGCUGCCUGCAUUGUUCCCCAUCUGGUCACUGCGGACACCACAUCUGUACCCCAAUUGUGCAUCCCCCCGUUUUUGGGGGCUGCAUGGUGCUGACCUCGACUUCCCAAGAACACAGCUGAGCCGUGGGGAACAAACCAGAGUCCAACAGGUGUUUGCUGUGAGCAGUGCCCGCUGGUCUUGCUGCUGCCACCUUGCUCCUCAGACCUCCGUCCCCCCUCCCCUCCAUCUCUGGCAACUCUGGGCUCUGGGCUGUAGGUCCCUUCUGGUUGGCUGUUUUGUUUCUCGUUUUUCUCAUCAUGUGAGGGUGAAUUCCAUGAAGGGGAACGGCAGCCCUGUGAGUUUGUCACACCAGAGUCCCCGAGGGCCCCACCCUCCCCCUCUGGCUCAGCCCUGUACACGCAGCACCUGGACCUGUGGAUUAGUGGGGUUAGCUGCCUUUGGUCCCUGAUGCAAUAAAACAAGACUUCGGGGGCCCAGUGUGAGGGCCGGGAUUGCCCACUCCGCCAAGUGAGGGCAAACUGCUAGUUUGUAUCCCAUAAUUCAAGAGCAAGACAUUUUAACACUAAAAAUUUGGAAUAAACGUAGCUUCAUGAAGUAAACGCA